AUGCGGGACGCCUCAGACGCAUAUUCGGUACUCUGCAUGUUGUCAGCAAUGGAAAUCAUGCGGGCAGGGGGGAAACUCCAUCAUGAGGAUCUCUCCACAUACGAGGCCACACGUACAGAGCUCAUCAACGAGUGGAUGGAAGUCACCGACAAGAUGGAGAAGGAUACCGUUCGUUCAUUCUUGGAUAAGGUGGAUAGUCGAGAAUGGGAAAACCUACAGGCCGGUCUGAGUUGCAUCUACAAUGACUCUCAUUGCACCGCAGCAGCUGCAACGGACGAUGCCACAGCCAUAGCAGUUACCAAUGGCGCAGCAGAGGGAACAACUACCAAUGACGCAGUUCAUGUACCGGUGACUGGCGACAAGAAGGCUAUAGCCGAAGCCACAAGCUCGUUCAUCACGUUGCUAGACGCCAUCAAGUUGAAUUACGAUACAAAGGACACGUUGCAUCCGCUAUUGAGCAAUGUGAUAACCCGUGGCGACAAGGUCUGCAGUGAUUAUGAAGGCCGUCCGACGCUUGUGAAGUGGUUGAUCCGGUUGAAUAAAAUGGAUGUGUUGGACACCUUGGACGAAAAUCAGCUGAAGGAGCUACUCUGGGACGUCGAUGCAGCAUACAGUGCAUUCUUCAAUUCGUUAUAA